AUGGAUCACGACAACCUAGGAGCUACGCUCAGAGCGCAACGGCAGAAUGCUACACCAGAACCAGGACAGGGGGACUAUGAGAUGCAAGCGCACCCUUCAAGUUCACCUUUGUCCGCUUUUGAUGUAGAGGCCGGUGUCGCACAUAACACUGAGGGAAGACAAAGGCACACCGAGAUUGCAGUAAGACAUGAGAGAAGACAAAGGCACACCGAGAUCACAGAAAGACUCGCCGAAUGUGGAGAAUUUUUUGCAAAUUUUAGUCUGGUCAUCGGGAUCGUCUUUCUUGGCAUCCUCGCAGUUUCUGGCAUCAGUGUGGGUGUGUACUACGCCACUAAACCCUGA